CCGCCAUAACACCAUAAACGAAGAAACCGUAGUAAAAAAAAAGUGUCGUCACCAAGAGCAAUUUCCAUGUUAGCUUUUUAAUUGUUGUUAGAUGUUUAACACCCUGGAACUCAAAAUAAGAUUAAUUUAACCGCAUAGCAUCACAUGCUUACUCCAACUAUUCUUUAAAUUUCAUUGGAGACAGGACUUGGAUGUGAACUAGGUAACGCUAGCUAGCUGCUAACGUUAGCUAAAAAUGGCUAACUGUAUGGCUUUUCACAGUCAAAUGGCAUCCAUCAUGGAGGUGCUAGCGAAUGCAGCCGUGGCAGAGAUCUGUAAACUCGUAGACGACGACUAUGCAGUGUUUCGUUUGGAGAUAACUCAAAGCCAGAAAGAAAACAAGGCAUUGCGGAGGAAACUACAGCAACUGGAAAUUAAGGUGGCACGGGACCGCGCAGAAAGGACAAUGCGAGAGCGCGUCCUCGCCAGUCCCAGUAGUGUCAAGAUCCUCGACCGAUACAGAGGAAAGGCAAAAGGUGAAGGACAUCUCACUGGAGGCCACAGGAGCUUUGUGAAGCCAGUGGGACACAAUAUAUGGAGAGAUGACCAACCAAUCAGUUUUGAUGAGGGGAGUGGAACCUCAACUCAGCACAUUAUCGUGAUAGAGUCUGCAGAUACAGAGGCUGCAGGUCCUGGUGUCAAGCAGGAGAAGUCUGAAGGAGAGGAGGACCCGCGGCACAGCAGAAACAUCCAGACUGAAGUGGCUGGAGUGCCCCCUGUAGCCACGGAGGUCUCCACCUCCGUCCAAGUGCCGCCCAGGACCCGAGGUAACAUCACGGAGGAGGAGGAGGGUCCAGAGGUGCUGCUGGUGAAGGAGGAGGGGUGUGAGGAGGGUCUGGGGAACCCUAAGGGGACCAUGGUCAUGGAGGACAACCAGACUACUCCUACUCCUGGACCGACAGAGGAUUCAGCUGAGCAGUACAGGACCACACACAAUCUCACUGAGUCAGUAGACAUGGAGGAUGGGAAGCCUGAUCUGCUGCUGGUCAAACAAGAGACAAUAGAAGACAGACCAGAGAGCAUUGAUCUGCUGAGUGGACUACAGAUGGAAGAGCAAGGUGGUUGGCUGGAGGCUAACAGAGGAGACUGGGUGAACAUCUUGGAUGCCCAGACCCAGAUGAGUGCAACCAAGGGCCCAGGGUACGACUUCACCGAGCAGGCCAGGACCAGAGGCGAAAUAGUGAAGGUCAAUGGAUGGGACAGCGGCCUCAACUAUGGGCUGGGGAACAACACUGUUAACCAGAAACAGAGAGUGGAACACAAAAUAACAUCCGAACUUAGUCUCCAUAAAAGACUGGCUGAGACCAGGGCGAGACGUAGAUUUGGUCUGCAGGGACAGGGCGGUGUCCAUAUGCAGCUGGAGAGAACAGACACAUACUCGGCUAGCAAUGCUCCCUCCUGCUCCUAUAGUUGUGAUUCAGAGAGGCAGGUGGCGCCUCAGGUUGACUCCCUAACAGAUUCUGCCUUUAGCCUGCCUUCUAUAGGAUCUAUCAACUGGAACAUGGACCCUGCGAUAACACAGACACUACCUGGCCUUCAUCCUCCUCACACUCUCCUAAUGUUAAACCAGACCUCAGACAAUGCCAGUGCAUCAACCCUAAAUGGCAACACAAGCCCAUUGACAAAUGACAGUAGUAGUGACGCUAUCAGCAGAUCUGGUGGCAAAGAGAAGCGCUUCCCUUGUUCAUUCUGUGGGAAAGUCUUCCGUUUGCCUAAACAGGUGGAGAUCCACCAGAGGAUGCACACCGGGGAAAAACCGUUUGGCUGCCACCUGUGCCGGGCCAAAUUCUCCCACUCGUCCAGCCUGAAGAGGCACCAGAGGGUCCACACAGGGGUGAAACCCUUCAGCUGUACCCAGUGUCAGACGCGCUUUGCUCAGGCUGGUCAUCUGAAGAGGCACCAGAGGGUCCACACGGGAGAGAGGCCGUUCACCUGUACGCACUGCGGGAAGAGGUUCUCAGAGAAGAGCUACCUCAGGAUACACCAGCAGAAAAUGCACAGGGCCCAUGUAUAGAGUAUUGUGACAUGUAGUUAGUUUGUUUGUAGUCAAUUCUGUUGGUUUUGGAUGUAGUGGUGAACUGAGGAAAGAGUAUGAUUAAAUAUGAGUAUGAUUAAAUAGAUGAUAUGUUACACCUGCUCCCGCUUCUCCUCUCUGGCGUUUGAGGGCACUGAUAACAUCGGGUCCGGGUGACGCUGCUGUAGGAACCAGGUGUACCUCAGCUGGCUCGUUGGGCUUCCACGCCUUAGCUGGCUCGAGAGGUUUCCUUGCCUCGGUUGGUUCGGCAGGCGCCCAUCCCACAUCAUGCCUCAGUCAGCUCGUUGGGCUCCCACGCCUCAGUCGGCUCAUCAGGCUCACAUCCCCCUUCAUGCCUCAGUCGGCUCAUCAGGCUCACAUCCCCCUUCAUGCCUCAGUCGGCUCAUCAGGCUCACAUCCCCCUUCAUGCCUCAGUCGGCUCAUCAGGCUCACAUCCCCCUUCAUGCCUCAGCCGGCUCGUCGGGCUCCCUCGCCUCAGCCGGGUCGCCCGGCGCCCAUUUCUCGGCCGGCCCGUCAGGACUCAUCUGGACUCCAUUACUUUGUUGAUUGCCCCUCCUAAAUCUGUCUGUUCCUCUGUUAGAUCCCUGUGUCAGCAUAAUUGUUGUUUUUGUUUUCCCCUGUCCAGACGCUGUCUGUAUUCUGUUCCUGUCCGUAUUUCAUUAAAUGUUCACUCCUUGUACUUGCUUCUCAUCUUCAGCGUCUGUCCUCACGAUAUGGUGAUGGUUGGUGUGAUGGUGUCUGUAAAAAUGCUUCACUGAUGAAGAGUGACAACCUUUAGGUUGAUACGGGUGUUUUAUAGUGGGAUACGGAUGGUGCCUUAAUUCAUGUUUACUUGACAUGAAGUGGUGAAGAUGUGUGUAAUGUAAUGUUGAACCUUUUCCAAAGUAUUUUAAAAUAAAUUUUAAUCAAAGCAAGGGUACAAGAUUUACAGAAAAUGUAAAGUGUUACCAUAGUGAGAAAAAUUGUUAUACAUGUCACGUAUCUUUUUGUGCAAUAAAAGUACUGUACUUAAGUUAUGAGUACAUUACCAUUUUGUUGAAAUUAAAUACAAAAUUGACUCUG